AUGCAAUCUGGCACCACAUCUCUCUGGGGUCACGAAGGCGGUGGUGGCCCCAAGAAGUGGACGGAGCUCUACAUCAAGGGCAUUACGUUGAUACCGUACUGCUUUCCAACAGAAGAGCAUCGCAAAGCAAAUGUUGAGAAAUUAGAAGCAGCUAUCAAACUGUGGAUGACAGCCCUCGGCGGCGGACCGUCGCCGGGGACAAACCACAAGAUCAUCUUCUCGGAGUAUGUUGACUUCUCACAGAACCCAAGGUACUGCAUAGAUGUCAACAGUCCAGCUGAGAGCAAAUGGAAUAUGGCGGUACCAUACAAGACAGUCGCCAUCUGGAAGGACGAUGGCGUGGGCAAAGCCGCGGCCGCAUCCACUGUGGGCAUGGGUGAUACGCCGGGAAAGCCUUGGGAUCUGAACAUGUGGAUAGACGUAGAGGCCAGCGUCACAACUGUAGCACACGAACUUGGACAUGUCAUGGGAAUGAUGCACGAGCAACAACGCUCUGACCGUGAUAGAUACAUCCGUUACUGCACAAAGCUCACCGACUACCGCACCGCCCUCGCGCGCGCGCGUGAAUCUGACCCCAGCACGACGACCGACGAGCUGUGCAACGACGUCACAAUUGCUGAUAGAUACAACUUCAGCGGCCGCUCCUACACUGAUACUGUUCUGUACGGGAAAUCCGAGGAUGGCUGGACACUGAACCCCGAUUCACCGUACGAUGCGGAUAGCAUCAUGCACUACCACAGCUACAUCAUGGGUAAUGAGAAUUGUCUAAAUGGCAACCAGGCGGAGUGCCCAGUAGCGCGUUACAGGGACAGUACGAAUCAUGAUCUCGGAUAUGAGAUGAUUCCUAUGUGGUCCAGGCCGAGUUCGUGGGAUGUGGCGUGGGUCAAGACGCAGUAUGGGUGGAGGUACGGUGGUGCCGAAGAAGGUGCGCAGGAUGGCGGGGAGAUUAGUGAGGCUCGGUUGAAGGAGCUGAUUGAGGAGGAACGAGAACGAUAUGUUCAGAGCCAGGUGUAG